AUGAACAUUAACAGCAACAAUAAUCCAAUAUCAUUUCCUUCCUCAAAUCAACUUUUACCUCCUUUUCAAGGAUUAAUUAAUCAAACAAUUUCUGGAGCAGAUUCUGUUCAAUCCCCUCCUUUUGUUUUAAUGGAUAUGAGAAAUUUUUUGUUGUUAUAUCAUCAACAACAAACAUUACAACAAAUAAUUACACAAAAUAAUAAUAUUGUUCAAAAUAAUUAUCUUCCACCACCCCCCUCACAACAACAACAAAUAAUUAAUAAUAAACAAACAGAAAUAUACCAGCAAAUUAACACUACCAAUUACCCUUCAACCGGAAAACAACAAGAACAACAAUGUGAAAUAAAAAUAGAAGAACAGCCCCAACAAUUAAUUAAAAAUAAUAUUAAAUUUAAUAAUUCUCAAUUUGUUGAGCCUAUGCAACGUGGUAGAACUUGUUCUGAACCAAAUCCAAAUUCUGGCAUUCAACCACUUUCUACAUUAUUAAAUAAUUCCUCUUCAAUAAACAAAUUAUCGCCAUCUUCAACAUAUUUAUCUCAACCUUCUCCUUCUUUUGUUUCUUCUACUUCCCCUUCAUCUUCUUUAAAUUCGGAUUCAAUAAUUUUACAAUGUGAAUGGUUGGGGUGUUCUAAACGAAUUUUUGGUAGACAAAAUUUUCUUGGGCAUAUUCAAAUUGAACAUUUAAUGCCUUCACAUUUGGGUAAUGACAAUAAUGGAAAUAACACUCCUAUUUGUCAUUGGCGUGACUGUCCACGUGGAGGGAGGCCGUUUGGAGCACUUUACAUGUUACAACAACAUUUGAGAGCACAUACUGGAGAAAAACCUUAUGAAUGUGUUUGGCAAAAUUGUGGGAAGCGUUAUUCUAGACUUGAAAAUCUAAAAACUCAUGUAAGAAAACAUACAGGAGAACGUCCUUACAGAUGUACUUCUUGUGAUUCUGCAUUUACUAAUGCAUCUGAUCGUUCUAAGCAUGUAGAACGUGUUCAUGGGGGAAAGAAACGUUAUCGUUGUGCAGACUGUCAAUGUGCAUAUACAGAUCCCUCUUCUUUACGUAAACAUAUACUUAGCGCUCAUGGACAAAUGGAAUGGAUUGCUUAUAAAAAUAAAAGACAAAAUGAAAGACAACAACAGAAUAAUUUUUUAAUUAAUUAA